AACCCCUUCUCACGGUUGCCAACUGACCAAGCGCACGAACAGAACAAUGCUAAAGUGAAGGAUGCAGGGGGUGUUGUCGGACUGACACACGAUGCUGCAGCACUUAGGCGAGUCAUGACUGCUGGGCCCGAAGUCACUAGGCUACUCCACGAGUUUAGGCAAACUACAGGUAGCCACUCAGGCACUGGCAAGCACCACGAGCAGUAUGGGGCCUACCAAAGACAGUUUAAAGACCACUGCGUGGCUCUGAUUAACACCUUUAAGUCUUAUCAAAAUCCAUUUUGUGAGUUGGGAGCGGACCUAAUAGCGCUUGACACACGUGAGAGUGAGGGAUCAGACUCAGACAUUGUAAAAACGCUGUUCUCUAUUGAGAGGACAGGGAGGGAUAAGAACAUUGACUUCGUUGACAAGCGCAUAAGGUCUCAAGCAGUAAGCUUUUACGACCCUAUCCCAAAAAGUUGUAUAAAAAUUUUCGCAGCCAAAAAGAAGCCACUCCAUCCCAAUCGCUACCAGAUACAAAUGGCGCAGCUUAAACAGGACAACCAACUGUACUGGCGGCUUUAUGUAGCCAGUCUUGCACGGAAACUCGACCUGGACACAUUUUUUGAGUAUGAAAAUCAGCACUCACCUCCUGCUUUGUCUGCCCAAGGGAUAAUGAGGUCAGGCAACAAAGCUGAACUUGUGAAAAUUUUGGAAUCCUUUUCUUCUGCUCAAAACCAUCCCAGCGAGUGCCAAGGACUUAUUUUUGAUGGUGCACACCUUGUACACAAUGUACCGCCUCGCAAAGGUCUGAAAACCUUCGAGGAGUAUAUUCAAAAAUCAAUUGGUGGCGCAUGUGCAACAAGCUGCCAUGAACGUUCGUUCAGUAGUACGCAUUGACUUUGUGUGGGACCUGUAUGCAGAGCACAGCAUAAAGAACACCGAAAAAAAAGAGCCGUGGGACUGGCGUUCGUAGAAAAGACCUUCCCCUUAAAGGUACAAUUCCGAAGGACUGGGCGGACUAUCUCAAAAACUCGGAAAACAAAAUGGAGCUGUUCCAGUACCUAAGUACGCGGUUCGUCAGCGACAUGGAGCGUUAUCAAGUGGCCACUAAUAUUAGGCACACAUUUCAAACUCGUGACGUACCAUGCAUUUGUCUGUGUGAUGCACAUUGCCUGGCCAUGGAGGAGGCAGACCCACGAAUCAUCACGCAUGUCCUAGACAUGACAAAAAAUGGUGCAAAAUCGGUUAUAAUCAGAUCCACUGAUGCAGACGUAGUUGUGUUGGCAGUGUCCACGUAC